AUGUCCACGACGUUCCGAACUUGCAAAUACAAGCCCGACGCCCUCGUCUCGGCGCUAUAUGACCCGAUAGCAGCGACGCACCCCUUCCACAGUGGAGAGGUUCUCUCCUUCCGGGUGCAAGAUGAUGGCUCGGACAGGCACAUGUACAACAUUGGCACGAGGCCUUUUGAUUCCAAGAGCGCAAAAUCCACGCUCUCAUUGCUGUUCGCUAGCCUUGCUCACAGCCACGUGAACUAUGGAGAUGCGCUGCCAGUCUUCUACAUAGUCGGCAGCGAUAUUACGAUAGGCGCGAACAUUCCUUGUGCUGGAGGUGAAGUUACAUUGUCGCCAUCCGCAUCCGUCCUCACUAUCGACUAUGGUAACGAAGCGGCUGGCGUGCCAUUCUUCGAAGUUGCCGUCCUGUCUGCACGCACCCAGAUUGAAUUGAAGUGCGCCGAAGACUUCGCGGCUCUCAACAUACUGCUGACGACCUUCCGACAACAUAUUGGUGCAUUGCCAUCGCCGGCAGCCAAUACAAUGGCGACCUUCAGCCAGCGCAAGGUCCAACGCCUCAAAGAUCUGCUCAUGCACGAAGCUACCGAUAGUGAGCUCCACGAUAUCCGCGACUUCCUCAACAAACGUCCCAAGAAGAUACAAACCGCAUGCGGACUGUUGAAGCUGCCGGCCGAGCUGAGAUAUAUCAUCUAUGAACAUGUCGCCGAGGAUGCACAUGCCAUGUGUCCGAAACCCAUCCACGAAGGUUCUUUUCAGCUGGAGCAGCGGGCAGUGGCUGAAUUGGCCAACGAGCGAGCCAUGCACCUCAGGGACUCUUUUGGUGGAAAGGUUCGCCCAGGAUUGCUAGGAGCUUGCAAAGAGCUGUUCCAAGAAUUCCAUUCGAUCUUCUACAGCUCCGCCCACAUCGAUGCUCGCUUGUAUUACCCGGGCAAAGGCUGGAGGCAGGUGAACGCUCCAGCAAUGCUCGACUACGUUGUCAAUGACAAGCACAACGUGCGGCUGUUCUCUGCAAGCACCGUGUAUUUUGGCUCGGACAACUUGCUCGAUCUCGAGAUGCGUAUAGAGACUUACGUGGGCAACGCCAUGUUCUGGGGCAUACUGCGUAUGCGCGAUGCAGAUAAUGCUAUCUGCGGUGUUCGCCUCGGCGUCGCUGUGAAGUCACCACCGUGGUCGGAUCGGCCUUACUCGGCUCAAGCCGCUACCCCCUAA